GGGAGGGACAGUGACCUUACAGCCUCCAUCCAGACACCAGUCUAAGUGUUAGACUUCCAACACAGUCCAACACAGUAGCAGCAGCAGUAACACUUGACUCUUCCAGACUGAGACCAUGAGCAAGGACACGCAGAGCAAACAGGUGCCGGACUUCACGGGACCCUUGCCCCCGCCUUUAGGCCGCAAACCGCCCAGAAUGCCCAAAUGCUCCCGCUGCAGGAACCACGGCUACGUGUCUCCACUGAAGGGACACAAGCGCUACUGCAACUGGAAGGACUGCCAGUGUCUCAAGUGCAAACUGAUAGUGGAGAGGCAGAGAGUCAUGGCUGCACAGGUUGCCCUGAGGAGGCAGCAGGCUCAGGAGGAGGAGCUUGGUAUUUGCAGUCCAGUCACUCUCCCUGUGCCUGAGUUAAAUGUAAAGAAUGAAGCUGGAGCUGAAUUCUCCUUCUCUGUGGAUGGACAAUCCCUGACACCUACCAGCAGCUCGUCCAAUUCUUCUCAAGCUGGGACAGCGAGCCACUCGCCGUCGUCCUCCAGCCCUUCAGCCACUGUCAGGGCUCAUACUGAGGGAUCAUCCAACCCCUAUAACAACUUUUACCAACCUUCACGCUACCCCACCAACUACGGCAGCCUCUACAACUACCAGCAAUACCAGGUUGCCCUGAGGAGGCAGCAGGCUCAGGAGGAGGAGCUUGGUAUUUGCAGUCCAGUCACUCUCCCUGUGCCUGAGUUAAAUGUAAAGAAUGAAGCUGGAGCUGAAUUCUCCUUCUCUGUGGAUGGACAAUCCCUGACACCUACCAGCAGCUCAUCCAAUUCUUCUCAAGCUGGGACAGCGAGUCGCUCGCUGUCGUCCUCCAGCCCUUCAGCCACUGUCAGGGCUCAUACUGAGGGAUCAUCCAACCCCUAUAACAACUUUUACCAACCUUCACGCUACCCCACCUACUACAGCAACCUUUACAACUACCAGCAAUACCAGCAGAAGUCUCUUGGUGACGGCUGCCUGCCAAGCCACAACAUGUCCUCCCAGUACUGCAUGCAUUCCUUCUACCCAGCCGCCACCUACCUGACCCAGGGCCUGGGCUCCACCACCUGUGUGCCGCCCAUCUAUAGCCUGGAGGGCAGCAAUAACAACAACAGCAACAACAGCAACAACAGCAGCAACAACAGCAGCAACAGCAGCAGCAGCAACUACAACCUAUCUGAGACCAUGGCAGCAUCCUUUUCACCCAGCAGCAUCAUCACUGGUCACAACUCCACCAUGAACUACAGGCCCGUCAACUCCCUGGAUGUCAAGGCCGAGUGUGAGAUCAGCUUCACUGUCAACUCCGUCUUUGACAGUGAAGCAACCGAAUAAAGAAGCUAAGAGUACGAUAAAAGCCUGAUGAGAUUAGUUGGAAAAAAAACGACAACAAAACUAGUUGUUCUUGCAAAACAAAUUCCAUAGUUCACUGUUGCUACUUGUUCCUCUUUCUCUGUAUUUUAGAUUGUGUAGUUUUAGUUCAGUUUACACUAAAGCUGUUUAAUCUAGUCUUGGUGCCAGUUCAUCAGAAAAGAAAGUUUGGAAGGAGCAAUUUUACAGAAAGUCAGAACCUGUUUUAUAUGCCAAGUUAAUGAAAAGGUUCAAAACUGACGUGAGCUUGAAUAACUCUAAUUCACAGAGUUGUUUGUCUGUUGUAGAGACCAACUGUUCAUGUUUUUAAUAACGCUGGUGCCUUUUUUUGUUAUUCAAACAACUAAUGAAUGUGUUAUACAGCGUAGUGAAAGUGCUUUGUAGCUCACAGCACAUGGAGUAGUGCAGUUUUCACAUAGUAUCAAACUUUUCAUUAAUUAUCUGUGAUAUUAGUGGAUUUUGACAAUCAGAUAUUCUUUUAAUGUUCAAACUGGAGUUACUGUUUCUGUGCUAACGUACCUGAAAAUGUUGCAUGUGCAAUUUGGUGAAAGUCAGUAUUAUUUUAUGACAUGCAGUACAUUGAGUAAACUUACAUUUACCCAUUAAACCCAGUCACAUUAGUGCUUUCCAAGUUAAAAAAAACAAAACAAUCAAUGAAUUAGUUGGUUGACAAACUAAAUUGACUAUUUUAAUAAUCGAUUCAUAGUUUGAAUCUUUUUUCAGCUUUUUCAAUCAGCUUUGCCAAUGUCUUUCUCAUUAUAAACUAUAAAUAUCCCUGUAUUUUAAACAGAAACACUGUGACUGUCUUUUUAGUGGCUAUGUUCAUGUGACACCAAUAAACAGAUUAUAAACUGUUUGUGAGUUAGUGUAUAUGUAAGUAUAGUCAGAUUAUCAACUUCAUAACACAUGAUUGUUACUUAUUUUAAGUAUGAAUUACCUUAUUCAGGUUGAUGUGAAUUAAAAACGGCUUCAGUGUCUCAGUCAGACUCUUUUAAUCUUAAGUCCAUAUUAACCCUAACCCUCACCCAUGUUGACCAACAUUCUGAGAAAAGUCUCUUCAUUAACAAUGUCCACUUUUAAGCCACUUCAACUCAGAGACUUAUGCCAAGACACAGUUAUUUAUCCCUUAACUUCCGAUUUUGAAGAUGCUCAUAGAGCGUAUGAAUUCAGUUUAAAUUCCAGAGACAUUGAGACGUCCUCCUGUAGCAUGAGUGUGACUCAAGCAAUUAGCAGAGAAGCAGAUUAGGUGAGAUGUGGAUCAUAUGUCAUAUCCUGUGUUGUGUUGGCGUGUGAUGAAGACUGGCUGUUUAUUUUUUAUGGCACAAGUUCAUCCGCUUUCAUUCAUUCCAGAGGAUUUUGCAUGUGCUGUGCACAAUGUUUACAACUGAGAGACAUAGCAGAGGCUGAGGUGCUGGAGAUUAAUUAAUUGGGUCAAUCCUUCUGCAACUAGUUCAAUAAUCCGAUAAUAACUGUGUUAGAGAAUUAACGUUUGCCUCAAACAGCAAUAAACCCAAAACAAACCA